AUGUCAGUAAACAAUCCACAAUGCCGUGAAUGCUUUACUGUGACUGUGCAAGCUCAGGUCUUGGAACAUACAGAUAAUGAUGGUGGUGGUGCCGGUGGUGGUGUUGGUGAUGGUGGUGAAGGUGUUUUUCGUGGUGGUAGUGGUGGUGGUGUUGGUGAUGGUGGCGAAGGUGUUCUUCGUGGUGGUGGUGGUGGUGGUGGUGGCGAAGCAAAAUUUCACAACGCAGCAAGGGAUCCCGCAAGCAAAGAUUGGUCGUAA